GUAAUUUUUCGCAUGAGAAGGGAAGAACUUUUAACCCCAAAUUGGAUUGCUUUUGAAGAGUUAUAGACGGAUUUAAGCAAAUUAGAGGAAUGAGAGCACAAAAAUAGAGAUCGGGUAAUGCCAUAUAGAUACCAAAAAGCAUAAGCCAUAAAUUAUGGUAAAGGUUUUCCAGCUCUCUGAAUCUGCCAUAUAUUCUACAAUUACUUCUCUUACCGAGGUAGUGUGCAACAUUGGGUGUCCAUUUUUGUCAAGACAUUCCCUUAAAAAAUCUAUUUGAUUUUAGACAGUAAUGUCGUUAGAAAGGAGUACAAUUGAUAUUGAGACGUGGGAUGGGACCAUUUCAUCUGGAGAGUUCUACUUUUCCAAUUGUUCAUUUGCUGAGAAAUGGAAGAAGUUUAACUCUGCUCUUCCUCAAUGGUCAUGGUGCAGAUGCCCAGAGUUACUUGGGUUUCCUUCAUCUCGAGUAGAAGGAUAUCUACGUGUGGAUGGCAUAAUUCCUCCUCGCAGGUCUACUAUGGAGGAUAACCAUGAAUGUGAUGAUGGUGGAUUAAAAGAGAUGGUUUGCUUGGAGGAAGAGGAGUUUAUUGACAGUGCUGCAUUGGUUCAACCUGAGAGGCAUGAAAGGUGCCAUUAUGACUUCCAUGUUGUUUACAGCUUAUCCUAUGGGGUCCCUGUGCUAUAUUUCCGAGCAUACUCGAGCGAUGGACAACCUUUGGCAUUGCACGAUAUAGAAACAGACAUGCCUGCAAUCACAAGACAAGAGCUGUCAUCGUUCAAAUGGACCUUUAUAACUCAAGAGGAUCACCCUUACCUGAACCAUCCAUGGUUCACGCUACAUCCGUGCGGGACUAGUGAGUGGAUGAAGAUGCUCUUUAGUAGGGACACAUCUGCAAUGGCACUUGGUGGAGUGGCUAUUGAUAGAUGUCGUCCGACAAGACGACUAGUGUGCACGUGACGGCCCUGGACGGGCUGGUGAACGUGAAUUCACUGUUCACGGUGGCGGUGUUCGUGGGCCUGUCCAUUGCGACUCCGGGCCAGAGGAGCCUGGAGGAGCGGACGGCCUGCGACGCGGGGAUAGACAAGGUGAGGGGGCUCGUGGUGUACGAGGUUGUCUCCUUCAGCUUCUUCCUCUUCUCUUCCCUGGUGGCUCAGGGCCUGAAGCUGGCCAUAAACCUGCUGACCCGAGACGACACGGACAAGGCCGUCAAGGCCCAUGUCAAUACAAAGGCCCUGAAGUUUGGGAUGUUGGGCUGCGCCAUGGGCUCGAUGUUGGGCUGCUUGUUCUUGAUGAUGUCCAUGGUGAGAGUGAUAGAGAUCAGGCUUGGGGUUCUUUCCUGUAGGAGCAAAUUCUCUUCUUAUUCUGUUGGUGCUUUGGUUUCUUUGGUCUGUUCUGGUCUCUCUCUCUAUCUUUCCACUGCUGUCUAUGCUUUUAUCCACUACUGAGGAAAAAAACAUACCCCCUCAAAUAAAGGUUUUCUUGUUCAUUGUUCUAGAGUCAGUUUUUUUAUAUUAAUCUUUAUUUUUCAUUUGAUAAUAUAUUAUAAUGUUGUCGUAUCUUCUUUUAUAAAACACUUGAUAUACAAAAUAGUUUUAAAAUAUUCUGCAAGUAAUUUUUUUUUAAAUUGCAUGAUGUAGAAAGAAAUCUCUAUGGGGAUU